AUGGAAAAAAAGGAUAGCUCAAGUUCAUUUACAAUUGGCAACAGUGCACAAGAGAGAAGCUGGUCAUACGUGCCAGAUUGUUAUGUAAUUCCAUCUUCAAAUCGUCUGAGUUUGACUCCAGAGACUGCCAAUGUGCCUGUUGUUGAUUUUUCUAGGUUGAGACAGGAUGCUACACAAAGGGCUAAUGCCAUUAAAGAAAUUGGAAAUGCUUGUCACCAAGUGGGAUUCUUUCAAAUUGUCAAUCAUGGAAUUUGCCAAUCAAUAUUGGAUGGAGCACUUUCUGUGGCGUCGGAUUUUUUCAAAUUACCUACCGAAGAGAAGGUGAAGUUCAUGUCUAAUGAUGUAAAGAAGCCAGUAAGGUAUGGGACGAGCCUCAAAGAUGGAGAUGACAAGUUCCAGUUUUGGAGGGUUUUCCUCAAGCAUUAUGCACAUCCUUUAUCUGACUGGAUUCAUCUAUGGCCAAAACAUCCACCUCAUUACAGGGAAAACAUGGGAAAAUAUUGCAAAGAAGUUAGGAAACUAGCCUUGGAGGUAAUGGGAGCCAUCAAUGAGAGCCUUGGGCUGGGUCCAAGUUACUUGAGCAACCAGAUGGAGGAUGGAAUGCAAGUCAUGGCAGUUAAUUGCUACCCUCCAUGCCCAAACCCUGAACUCGCACUAGGAUUGCCGCCGCAUUCGGACUACACUUGCUUAAGCAUUGUCCUCCAGAACUCGGCUGGCCUUGAAGUCAUAGAUAAAAGAGAAGGCAAGUGGAAGCUAAUCCCGGAAGUUCAUGGUGCUCUUCAGGUCCACAUAGGGGACCAUCUUGAGGUACUAAGCAAUGGCUUGUACAAAAGUGUUGUGCAUAGGGCCAUACUGAAUUCUGAAAGGACUAGAAUCUCAAUCGCUAGCCUACAUAGUAUGGGUAUGGAUGAGAAAAUGGGGACUGCAGAGGAGCUUGUGGAUGAUAAACACCCUAAGAACUAUAAAGAGAGCAGCUUCAGAGAUUUCCUGGAUUUUCUAUGCAAGAAUGACAUCGCAGAAGGAAAGAACUUCAUCGAUAAACUAAAGAUCAAGGCCUAGAUGCAACUUCUCUCUCUACAGUGUGUUCUUUUUUCACCAAUCCAGGGUUGAAACAAAGUAGCAAAUGAAAUGGCUAUUUUACUUGGCUUGUUGUCAGGAUUAUGUAUUAAUUAGGUCUUGGUGAUCAUAGUUUAUUUUAGCAGGUUGGUUCUUUUGGUUUAGAGUCAACCGUGCUGGUUUGGUCUUCUGCCCUUUUUCCAUGUUUCUCUGUUAUUACCCACCCAGUUCUAGUGGGUUUAUAGAGUUGGGGCUUUGGCCUUCUCUACUCUUAAUUUUCAUUAGAUGAUAGAUUAAGAUGAGAUGUAAUGAUGACAAGUUUGGAUAG